CUGUGGGGCCUCCUCUUUACCCCCCCACGCCCCCACCCCAUCCUGCUCCAGUGAUCUCCAGCUUUCCUCGCCUCCCCUCUUCGUCUUCACUCUCCCUCCUCGUUUGGGGCCGCUGUAUUGAAAAUAAAUCCUUAUCUCUUGAAACAAUUGUCUUUUUAAACACGGGACAACUUCACCAGAGGUUUAAUGUCACGGCGCGACAGAAAAUGGAACUACCACAUAAACUCCGCUUGGACCGGUGCCCGAUUUUGGCGGCAGCAUUGUUAUUACUACCUGCGUUGACGGUGCUGUGUAAUGACAUCCUCAGCCUGAAGGUGGCAGGAGAGCCAGUCCUAACCCCCAACUCGGUGUGCCUGCGCCUGGCCGGCCUGAGUAAGCGUCAGCUGAGGAUGUGCGUGCGACGACCCGACGUGACGGCCUCGGCCCUGCAGGGCAUCCAGGUGGCCAUCCACGAGUGUCAGCACCAGCUGCGGGACCAGCGGUGGAACUGCUCGUCCCUUGAGGCCCUCGGCAAGCUGCUGCACCACAGCGUCAUCCUCAACAGAGGUUUUCGUGAAAGCGCCUUCUCACUGGCCUUGUUAGCGGCGGGCGUGGCGCACUCGGUGGCCUCGGCCUGCAGCCUGGGCAAGCUGGGGGGAUGCGGCUGCGAUGGCAAGCGUCGGCGGGACGACGACGAGCUCAUGCGGUCCAAACUGACGCGGCUGCAGCUGCAGAUGCUGCAGAAGGCCGGCCUGCCCACGUCCGCCCGCCUGGAUCCGACCUCCGCCCAGCGCCUCAAGCCUUUUCCCCACGAGCUCAGCUCCAUGCAGGAGACUUGGGAGUGGAGCGGCUGCAAUCAUGACUUACGUUUUGGGGAACGCUUCUCCAGGGAGUGGCUGGACUCCCUGGGGUCCCCGAGAGACAUCCACGCUCGUAUGAGGAUACACAACAAGCGAGUGGGACGGCAGAUCGUCGCCGACAACAUGAAGAGGAGGUGCAAGUGUCACGGCACAUCAGGGAGCUGCCAGUUCAAGACCUGCUGGCACGUUUCUCCCGAGUUCCGGCUGGUGGGUUCAAUACUCAAGGAGAAAUUACUCUCGGCCGUCCUGGUCAAUUCCCAGAACAAGAACAGCGGCGUUUUCAAUCCACGAAUCGGCAACGUGGGCCGCAGGAGGACCGGGAGCUCCAGAGGAGGUCGCGGCGGCGGCGGCUUGUCCAGAGAGUUGGUGUACUUUGAGAAGUCACCCGAUUUUUGCGAGCGUGACGCGGCCGCCGACUCUCUGGGCACGCACGGGCGCGUUUGCAACAAAAGCAGCCCGGGCACGGAGGGCUGCAGCUCGCUGUGCUGCGGCCGAGGACACAACAUCCUAAAGCAAAGCCGCGGCCGGCGCUGCAACUGCACCUUUCACUGGUGCUGCUACGUUCUGUGUGACGAGUGCCGAGUCACCGAAUGGCUCAGCGUCUGCAAGUAGACCAAGUGGUAUGAUUGGACGCUUUCUUUUCAGUCGACACGCACUGUACAUUUAUAAAUCUAUUUUUAUUAAUAUUAUUACUGUGCUGUCGCUGUGCUGGUGGACAGAACAGCUUGGUUGUGAUUGUCUUCUCUUCUAAUGCUCUUUCAUUUUUGCUCCAUGUGGACCUUGUGGUUUUAGAACUUUUUUUCCCGUUUUGUUUUCCGUAUUUUUGCGAACUGAGGAUCCGUUUGACUUUUCACAGAUAUUGAAGGACUUUGCUGAUGUACUUGAGCAAUGGCGUCUUGGCAGAUGUGGCUCGUGACAACAGUAGGGGACUAAAUCCCGAGCGAGCUCUUGUUACUUUGUAUAAGAAUCACCAGAAAAGCAAGAGGACAUUUUUUUGCUGUAUCGGGAGGAUCACGCAAGGUGUUGCUAAGACGGUUGCCGAUUGGCAACAUCCAUCUGUCCGCUUUCGAAAUCUGAAAUCACAUCAUUUUCACCAGAUGAGAUUGGCCAUCACUCAAAAACUGUUUUUCUUUAUAUUUGUAAUGUCUUUGUGAUAUCCAAACACAUAUUUCACACAAGAAAAAUAGCAACUAUGAUGAAGAAAAAAUAAAAAUAAAAUGGUGCAAACUUGGGGAAACUCGUUUUGGCCUCCUGAGGAAUGUCACUGAAUUGGCAACAUUGCCAGCUUGGUUUUUAGUGACACUAAAUGCUAUGGAAUGAUAAAGAUCUGGAUUUCUGGUUUGUGCUGAAUCCCAUGUCACCGUUUCUCCACGCACGUGUCAGACGCACUGCAAUUGCUUUCUCCCCUUGCCAAUGUCUCCCUCAAUGCUACAAAGCCAAACACAUUGAUAGCAAGCCAAUAACGACAACCAGACUGGCUUGAAAAUUAAAGAGAGGCAAGCAGAGAGGAAGUUGGGAGAGAAAAAAAGUCCGCCGCACAGAUUGACAUCUUGAUUAUAGGUGUCAAGUGAGGCGAUGGAGUGUGAGCUGGAUGCAGAGAUACGUAGUGAGAGCAGAUCCAUGCUGCAAGGAAGGAGAAAUGGGGGCUUCGGGGAAGGGAUGAAUAGCGUGCAUGCGCCCGCGCUGUCUAAAUACAAGGCUCCCGACAUCUGCUUCUCAACUCCCCUUUGGGUUUUUGAUGUGGGACGAGAGCGGCAGAGAAAACACAAGGACGCAGCUACCCAGAACAUCAAAGCCCCUGCCCUCAACUUGCAGGCCCUCAUUAGUUCAGCUAGCAGAAGCCACCAGACUUGUGAUUGUGUUUGCUGGGGUGCGCGCUGGCAGCGACUUCAGAGGAGAGCUUCCUAUAAGUCAUAACUAGCCGGCCCACCUCCGCUGCCGCCCCGGCCCGGCCCGCCGUAACCCCCGCGUAACCCUCACCAAAACUCUGGGCUCACACAAACCCCGCCAUGAGUCUGCUCCACCCCCAAAUCUGGCGUGCAGCUGCAAACAUCUGCUCGCCACUUUAUUCCCGUCCUUUAUUCGUGAUAAACACAUCAUGUGAGCGAGCGCUGAAAACUGUCACAGAAUUUUAAUCUUCCUGCUUAGUAUUUGUUGGAGCACAUUCCAGAUUGACUCAAAGCGUUUGUGUUUUGUUGCGCAGCCUUCCUGUUGUCGCCAUUCACACACAGCUGUGGGACAAAUUAGAAUUUACGCAACGUGCUAAAAUGCAACAUUGUGUAUUCACCAACCUCGUUGUAUCUGCUUUUACAACGACAAUAAAUAGUUUUCAAGGGU